CACAGUGGAGAAGGGCAGGACCAAGUUCCUGUACAGCUGUCGCCUGGAGCAGUGCCUGCCUGCAUGGCCCAGAGCGUGGUCUACGCUGACCUGAAAUUUGCUGCGUCCCCACCGGUCACUGCCCCCACCUGCCCCGCAGCCCGCGAUGAGGAUGACAGCCCCUAUGAGAACGUGCCGCUGGGGCCAGUGCCCACAGCGCCCAGCCCAGGGCGCUGGCCCCGGCGUUGGCGCAUCCCCGCGUGGCUGCUGGCAGCCAGCCUGCUGCUGCUGCUGGUGGCCACCGUGGCCCUGGGGGCUUGCUACUGGCAGGUCACCCGCAGGCUGCAGGACACGUCCCGUGAGCACGCGGCCGAGCAGGGCCGCCUCUCGCAGGAGGUGAGCAUGCGGGAGCAGAGCCUGGAGCAGACGCGGCUGGAGCUGGCGUGGGCCAGAGCGGAGCUGCAGCGAGCGUGGCGGGAGGGCAACAGCAGCCGGCUGGAGCUGGGGAGCCUGAACGCCGAGCUGGGGCGCGCCAGGCAGGAGCUGGCUGGGCUGCAGGAGGAGAUGUGGGAGGUGCAGGGGCAGCUGAAGGCCAGCCAGAGCACCGUGAGCAGCCUGCGUGCCUGCGUGAAUACAGACUGCUGCCCCUUGGGCUGGGUGCUCUACAGGAGCAAGUGCCUCUUCAUCUCGGUGGAGAAGAAGACCUGGAAGGAGAGCGAUGAUGACUGCAGAAGUAAAUCUGCUCAGCUGCUGGUCCAAGGCGACUGGCCGUCGUGGACGGUGCCGCUUCUUGGCACCACAUUCUGGGUAGGACAAAAUCAUAAAGAGCAGUAUGAGGAUCUGUAUAAAGAUAAAAGUUGGUUCUGUGCAAAAACAUACUAUGGGAAGAUAAUCAGCUCCUACUGCUAUACUAAGUAUCCAUGGAUUUGUGAGAAGCCCCCAAAUAUGAGCAGCCCAUCCAAGACCCUCUUUCCUCUCCCAUCUAAGAGGUGAACUCUGAGACCCCCCUCCAUCGCAGGACUGACAGGAAAUGGGGGUGUACAACAAAGGCAUCCUUUCCCUCCUGCUUAGCUACAUCCCUGCUCACCAUUGUCUCAGCCACACUGCAAAGCUCUGGGGAUACAGCUUGGGAAAGAAAGUGUCUGUAUUUUAAAACAAGACUUAUGGAAG